AUGCCGGCUACUCCAACGCUGUUCAGCGCUCUCUUACAGAGAAGCGCAGGCUCAGCCGAUAAUGCUACUGGGCAAACGUUAGACGUCGUUUGUGCUUGGCCGGUAUCCUCACAGUACGGCGCCGGGUCGCGAUUCUUAUACUACGUUCUUGUAGCCACCUGCGUGUUCCUACGAAAACAUGAGUGGCUAAGGAAUGCUUGUAUUGCGGCUGCUUUGGUGGUCCCCUCAAUUAGUGCGCUUCAUGGCAUCGUGCUCACGUCCUUCCAUGUGAAUGGCGCAGUGGACCUAGACAUCUACGGAGCCUGGCAGAUAUGUUCAAUCGCCAUCAUCGCUGUGCCGUUUACCCUUCGAAAAUCGCGGACGUACUUCUACGAUGCCGGUCGCAACAUCAUCUUCUUGUGGACGAUGCUCUUGGUCGCCGGCCUCAUAGCUCUGUGCGUUGAGUUUUCGAGAGUGACGGCGACCGACUGCAGUCAUCAGGAAGCUGAAGUCCCUUAUUUGACUCGCGCCGGAUUUCCCUAUGGAGAGACGACGUGCGGUCUAGUCUGUUCAGAAGACGAUGGUCCCUUCUCGCCCAUGCGAGGAGGCGCUGCAAAGAACAUCUAUGUAAUACCCGUUCCCAGUAGGGUGAGCUUCAACGCGGCCAUGCUCAUCGCUGCAGGGGUCUGCAUCCCAGCCAUUAUCAGCCUGAUCUUCACGUGGGACAAGAUACUUGCGAUCAAUUGGAAAAAGCGGAGUGAUCCUGCGCGACCCGACGAGCAGAUCGAAGGUGUCAACAUCACACCUCGUGAAAUCAAAGGAAUCAACGACAAGGUCAGGCUCUUCUUGACAGUCAUCGAGAUCCCAUUGUUUGGCGGGGCUGUGAUUGCCAUCCUCAUUGCCGGCGAGCUCAACUUCUUCAGUAAGCAACUGAUAUAUCAGACCGAACCGAUGGCCUCAAUUGGACAAUGGUCGCCCAUUGCAGGCACUUUGAUGGCAGCGUUGGGUUCACUAUACAUCGUAUGGGCCACAGAUGGCGAAAUCAUCGUGUACGACAAGCCAAAAGCGCCAAGAUCCGUGUCUUCGCAAUCAAACCACAGCGAGCGGCCUCAAACGCGCGGUCGCUCUUCUACCCAGCAGUACUCCCCGACAAGAACCACACCGGGAACUGAAACCUUCCCACGCCUGUCCAGUGACCUAGACGCGCUCCAGAUAUCCAUCACAGGGGCAAGCCGCGCACCCAGUCCGGACGAACACAUCGAAACCGUGCGCACACGCACCGACACAGCCAAAUCCGACUUCAAUGCUGGCCGAGGCAAAGUGCGCAACUGGUUCGAGAAAGCAAGCGUAUACAUGAGCGACGCCGCCCACCGCUCUCUCGACGUGGCCGACUACGACAACCCCAAAGCGCGCAGGUACCCGUGGAUUCCCGGUGAGGAACUGAAAAACAAGCACAUACAUCGCACGAGCACCAGCUACGCCGAGAAACGAAGAGCGGCCAGCGAGUACGCAUUGAGCAUCGCAUCUGCGCGCGAACCGAGCCCGUCACCCCCGCCAGACACUUCGCCACGGCUGGAAUCAGACACAGAUGCUAUCACCAUUGUUGCGCCACGGCGUCGCUCCACGCUUGAAGUUCCGCCCCUAGUCUCGAUUCAUUCAACUGUACCUCGACAUGUCCGUUUGCCUGUCGAUGUGACGGGGGCCGGGAGCGCGUUUCUCGGCCUCUGUGUGAUGGGGUGGAGCGGCUCCACGAGGGGAGUGUGGGGGCGGCGCUGUGCUAGGGGCCGUGGCGAGUGGGUUUGCGGUUGA